CGAGUGACCCGCGGAGGAGACACGGGUCCCGGGGAGCGGCCUUGGGGAACAGCCGCCGCGACAGCCUCGGGGAGGGGACGGCGACGAGACCCGCGCGUGCGACGGGGCACCGGGCCUAGCGGGCAGAGAACCGGGUAUCCAGCACAGAGGCACCUUCCGCAAAGAUGUCCGUGGAUCCCCUAUCCAGCAAAGCCCUGAAGGUGAAGCGCGAGCUGAGCGAGAACACGCCGCACCUGUCGGACGAGGCCCUGAUGGGGCUGUCGGUGCGCGAGCUGAACCGGAACCUGCGCGGGCUGUCGGCGGAGGAGGUGACGCGGCUCAAGCAGCGGCGCCGCACGCUCAAGAACCGCGGCUACGCGGCCAGCUGCCGCGUGAAGCGCGUGUGCCAGAAGGAGGAGCUGCAGAAGCAGAAGUCGGAGCUGGAGCGCGAGGUGGACAAGCUGGCGCGCGAGAACGCCGCCAUGCGCCUGGAGCUCGACGCGCUGCGCGGCAAGUGCGAGGCGCUGCAGGGCUUCGCGCGCUCCGUGGCCGCCGCCCGCGGGCCCGCCGCGCGCGUGGCGCCCGCCAGCGUCAUCACCAUCGUCAAGUCCGCGCCGGGCCCGGGGCCUGGCUCGGACCCCGCCCCCGGCCCGGCCGCCAGCUCCUAG